AUGCGCUUCACUAUCGCUUUUGGCUUCUUGGCCUCCGCCGCUUUUGUUCAGUCGACCUCCAUUGAGUACUUGGGCGACGCCACCACCAACUGCCCCAUCGCUGCCAACGAACUUUGCCCCGAGGGUGCCACCGAUUGCGAUGCCGGCACUCUUCAGCGCUUCUGCAACGAGUGCUAUGGCACUGCUCGCUACCAGUGCAGGUACUUUGGCACUCCUGAGUCUUGGGGUAACUGCGUGAAGGAAAUCACCAAGGCAAGCCUCUGCUACAGCCGGUACCUGCACCCCUCCCCAAUGAGGGGUUCGUAA